GUUUGUUUUGUAGUGUUAUUUUCACUUUAUUUAAGUUUAUCUUGAAAUUAUUAUCGAAAUGUGUGGACGAGUUUGUUGUGCGCUAUGUGCACCUAAAUAUGAGGAAGCUUCUAGCUACUACGAUGAUGUUAAUGAUGAGUAUAAGAAGCCGAGUUUUAUAAACUCAGAUACAUUGAAAUUCAUUCCUUCUACCAAUCUUUCUCCGAGCGAAGCAGUACCUGUUUUGGUUUGGGACGCAGUUCAGAAAUGUCCUAUUAUCAAGCCUAUGGUGUGGGGAAUGAUUCCUCCUUGGACUUCGGGAGACUAUAAAAGUGGGUCUUACACAACUCAUAAUUGUCGCAUCGAGAAUGUUAAAGAGUCUCGCUUGUACAGUGCACCUUUGACAGCUGGUAAAAGAUGUGUGAUAUUGUGUGAAGGUUAUUAUGAAUGGAAAAGUACUGUUGGAAAACACAAGCAGCCAUGUUUUCUUUACAAAGCUCAGUCUCCUGGGAUGAAACCAGAAAACGAAUCUCAUUGGAGUGAUGGUAAGUGGUCCAAAUCUCAAGGUUGGGUUGGACCAUCCCUUACGUAUCUUGCUGGUUUAUAUUCAGCUUUUGAAUCAAAAAAGGAUAGUGAACCUAUUUUGAGUAGUACAGUAAUUACUAUGAGGUCAUCACCUGCUGUUUCUCACAUACAUCAUAGAAUGCCUGCCAUUCUUUCAUCCCCAGAGGUAGUCAAGGAUUGGUUGAAUGCUGAAGAUGUCAAUAUGAAGGAAGCAAUGACUCUCCUCGAACCUACGGAAUCUGUACAAUGGCAUGAAGUUUCAGCCGAAGUCAAUAGUUCCAAAAAUAAACUCCCUACUUGCAAUAAACCUGUUGAUACCAAAAAACAAGGUGGAAAACAAAUGUCGCUUACUUCUUUUUUUAAGAAACCUAAAAAAGAUGAUGGUGAUGAUGAGGCAAAUCCUCCAAAAAAACCUAAGAAGAAUUAACUAAACCUAAAUUGGUUCUUGUUGUUUAUUAAAAGCUUAAAAAGGUUUAUUCAAGUUGAAUUUAGAUUAAUUAUGGCUGUGAAGUUUUACCUGAUUUAUGAUAAUAUAUUAAUAUGCUUCAAUGAAAAAAGUAUAUUAUUUAUUUAUUUUUUUGUGAUUGUAGUCAUUGUUCUUGUUAAGAUUGUUUUGAACUUUUUUGUGUUAAUUGCUAUUUGCAUAUUAUGUUUAUUUUAAGAAUUCUUGUGUUUCAAACUUCUAUUUAUAUUAAAAUAUGUUUUAUAUAUUAAAUUUUCUAAUUUUUUUUCAGAUAAAAAAAAAAUUGUUCUUUCGUAUUUUUUUUUCUUCUAGAUUUUGUUUUUGAACUUAGAAAUAAAACUUAAAGUAAAUAAUCGUUCGUAGUGUGUGUACACCAAU